AUGGCAACACUGGCAGCCUCACCUCCAUCCUCGCCUUCGUGGCCGAAAAGACGGCCGCGGGCCUGGGCUCUCCGCAUUGAACGCUACUGCUGCACGGCAGCAUCAUUCUUCCCUCUGGCAUUUGUCUACAGCCUAACGACAUGGGCCGUCUGGGUCGAAGCCAGUGUUGGCUUCAAGCCGUCUGAAAGUGCUUGGGUUGGUAUCCCAAGUUCCUUCCUCGGAAUCAUCCUCUAUAUCUGCCUCAACGCAUGCUACACGGUCGCCGUCUUCACCGAUCCCGGAUCCCCCCUCACUCCCAGCGGCCGCGGUCGACAUGAAUAUAGUGCACUUCCAGUGACCGAAUUACCACAAUAUACCGCCUACACCGUGAGUUCGACCGGUGGAUCCCGAUUCUGCAAGAAAUGCCAGUGCCCGAAACCGGAUCGGGCGCACCACUGCUCGACAUGCAAGCGCUGCGUGCUGAAGAUGGAUCACCACUGUCCGUGGCUGGCGACCUGCGUCGGACUGUACAACUACAAAGCAUUCCUGCUGUUCUUGAUAUAUACGUCGAUCUUCUGCUGGGUGGAUUUCAUCGUCGCGGCACUGUGGAUAUGGACGGAGAUGCUGGACGAUAGUAAAUAUAUCGAUGUGGAUAAAAUGUUGCCGAUCAACGUGGUGUUGCUGGCGGUGCUCGGUGGCAUUAUUGGCCUGGUACUGUCGGGUUUCACCGUCUGGCAUAUCAGCCUGGCUUUGCGGGGAAUUACGACGAUCGAAUGCCUGGAGAAGACGCGGUAUGUGUCACCGUUGCGGAAAGCGCUGGAUCGCCACCGCUACGAAAAUGUGCUAGGCAGCGAAGGGGGCGACCGAGAAGGAUUCGGUCACCGGCUGCAGGACUACGGAGGGCAGAUCCUCGACGCCCAUGCGAAUGCGAUCCCAGGAGUGACGCGGGCGGAAGAGGGUGAGGAACCAACGCCUCCACCCAGUGUGACACCAUCCGGGAUGCGGAUGUCACCAGCACAGCAGGCAUUGUCGCGAUCAUAUGCCGAGAUGGAGCGCCAGCGUGAGCACGACCGGUAUCAGAACUAUUUGGAUGAGGAAGACAGCGAGAAAAUGCCGCACGCAUUCGACCUGGGAUGGCGGCGCAAUCUACGACACUUGUUCGGUGACCGCCCGCUGCUAUGGCCGGUGCCGGUGUGUACGACAACAGGCGAUGGCUGGCACUGGGAGCCGAGUGCGAAGUUCAUGGAGGCGCGCGAUCGCGUGCGGCAGCGACGGGAGCGGGAGGCGGCGGAGCAACAGCAAUACCAGCGGGAUCUGUACCAGCGGAAUAUGAACAAUGGCCAUGCCUGGGGUGCAUCUGCUGCUGCAGCCAACUGGACGCCGAACCAGCCGCUGGAUGUGGUGCGCGAUCCGGAGCGGCCGAACACGGGGGUGUCGAUGAAGACACUAGCGCCGAUGUCACCACGGCUGCGGGGGCAAGACAGCGAGGGAGAGAUGAGCGAAGAGGAGAUGCACGAACGAGAAGAUGAAUGGCGGAGCUGGGAUUGA